AUGAGUUUUCGUUAAACAAAAUGGAGGUUUUUAGCUGUAUCUUUAGCUGCUCUUAUACUUUUAGGAAACAAUUAUUCGUUUGAUAAUCCUUAAGCUUUACAAACAUAAAUUUAGUAAGAGUUAGAAAUCAACAUAAUUCAGUUUAAUUUACUUUAUAGUGUAUUUGCAUUACCUAAUAUAUUUUUAACAAUUUUAGGAGGUAGAAUAGAUAGAAAAUAUUGUAGGCAUGAUUAUUGAUAGAUUAGGAGUAAGAUUUGGAAUAUUUACAUUUACAUUAAUUGUUACAAUAGGUUAAUUGAUUAUAGCAUUGGGUGGAAAAUUUAAUGAAUAUUCAUUAAUGUUGUUGGGAAGAGCUAUAUUUGGUGUAGCUAGUGAGAAUUUAAUAAUUGCAUAAAGUACAUUUGUAAGUUUAUGGUUUAAGGGUAGUGAAUUAGCAACAGUAAAAUAUUGUAACUUAACAUAGGCUAUGGGGAUAAUAAUGACUAUUCCAGAAUUAGGUGGUGCUUUAAAUAGUUUAUUAACUCCUUUAAUUUAUGAAUCAAGUUAGAAAUUGUCGGUACCACUUUUUACCAGUGUAGGAUUUUGUUUAUUUUCAUUUGCAUGUGGCAUAGUUUUAGUUUAUUUAGAUAAAUUUGCAGAUAAAUAUGAUUAAAGAUGUGAGUAAUAAGUUUGACAUACUUUUUAUAUAGAAUCUGAUUCUCAAUAUGUUUUAGAAUAGAAUAUGAUAAAAAAAGAAGAUGACGAAGAUUAAGAAUAGGAAAAAUAAGAAGAAUCAACUGAAGAAAUUAGUUUGAAAGAUAUUAAAUAAUUAUCAGGUACAGUUUGGAUCCUAUUACUGAUUUGCACUUUUAGUCUUUGUAUAUUUAUUCCUUUCUUAGAUAAUGCAAAUUAAUUUUGUCAAUAGAGAUUCAAUCUUUCAAACAUUUCAGCAGGUAGAGCGAUUAUGAUAACUUAUUUAACACCAAGUAUAAUAUUAUCACAUCGUAUUAGUGUUUAUAUCCCCAUUUAUAGGUUGUGUAGUAGAUAGAGUAGGUUAUAGAAGAAGAUGGAUGAUACUAACAUCCAUACUCUUUAUAAUCUCUCAUUUAUUAUUUGCAAUAAUACCAACUCCUGAAGAUGGAUCUCCUUAAUUUGCAGCUGUAGUGCCUUUGUUCUUAUUAGGAGUUAGUUAUGCAUUCUAUUCAUGUGUUAUGAUUCCUUGUGUUUAAUAUCUAGUUGAUUAGAGAAUCAUGGGCACUGCAUUUGGAUUGAUGGGAUUAUUUGAAAGUAUUGGUGCAUGUGUUUUCCCUCUUGUUUCUUCUUAAAUCUAUAAUACUAAUGGAAAUUAUAGGUAAGUUGGAUUCUUUUAUAUGGGAAUUGCAUGUGUAAACUUGAUCUUUGUUUUAACAUUAUAUUUUGUUGAUAAUAAAGGUAGUGAAGUCUUAGAUAAAAUCAAUCCUCUUCAAACAAAAGACCAUGAUAUAUCAUCAUCUACAUCUGAUGAUUCUAUUGCAUCUGAUCUAACUGAUGAAGAUGAAAAGGAAUAAAUUGAAAUGAAAACUAAUCUCCAUUCAUUCAAAUUAUAACCUUUAGAAACUAAUAGUGACACUAAAAGCUAACCUGGAGAUAUCAAAAUACAAAGAUCUUUUAGCUUUGAAUUUUCUAUGUAAAAUAAAAAAUUAGAUAAUCCAUGA